UCCAGACACCGGACCCGCACCGACGCUGCCAUGACCGCCGGGCUGCUCCGUCCUUCAGCGGUCUAGUUCCCCGCAUCCUCCGCCUCCUCCUCCGGGUGAUCGCACAUGAGCCUCGGAGGCUCCGCCAGCAGAGCCGGGGCUGCAGGAUGAGGAUGCCCAGAGGAGGACGCCUGCUCCUGGCGACGUGCCUCGGCUCGCUCUUCGUGCUGGUGCUUUACUUCCAGAGCAUCACCAGGCCAGAACCUUCUGUGAGUACGGACAGCAGACCAGGGAAAAGCAGGAGGAAUCCAUUGCAGACCCUCUACAAUGGAGACCAGCAGCUGGAGCUGUUGGCCGCUCAGAGGUCCCUCCAAGGUCGCAGGGAGCUGUUGGAGCAGGCGUGUCUGAGCCACAAAAGGAAGCGGCAAGUGCUUUCUCCUGAGAAUCUCAAACACCUCAUCGUGGACGAUAAACACAGCCUUAUUUACUGCUACGUACCCAAGGUAGCCUGCACCAACUGGAAGCGUGUCCUUAUGGUCCUCAACAGUGAUGGCCGCUACAUCAACCCCCUUGCCAUACCUGCAAAUGAGGCUCAUGUAGCCGGUAACCUCCGCACACUUUCUGAGUUCACAGUCUCGGAGAUCAACCAACGCCUUCGCAGCUACCUCAAGUUCAUCUUUGUGCGCGAGCCCUUUGAGCGUCUGGUGUCCGCCUACCGAAACAAGUUCACCCGAAGCUACAACACAGCUUUCCACAAGCGCUACGGAACCAAGAUCAUCCGCCGGAACCGGGCCGAUCCGGAGCCCGAAGCGCUAGAGAAUGGGAAUGACGUUUCUUUUCACGAGUUCGUCCAGUACCUUGUGGACCCUCGGACCCAACGGGAGGAGCCGUUUAACGAGCACUGGGAGCGGGUGCACUCCCUCUGCCACCCUUGCCAGAUCCACUAUGACGUAGUGGGGAAGUACGAGACUCUGGAGCCAGAUGCUCAGGCUGUGCUCAGGUUGGCUGGAGUGGAUGGGAAACUUCAAUUCCCAACAUCUGGGAAGAGCACCAGAACUGAUGGUAACAUGGCAGCACGCUUCUUCAAGCAUAUCAGUCCUUUCUACCAGAAGAAACUGUUUAACCUGUAUCGAAUGGACUUCCUGCUCUUCAACUACUCCACACCAGAGUACCUCAGGACUCGAUGAGGGGCAGGGAAAAGAGGAUUGACAUCAGUGCCGUGGAUGUGUGAUGGUUCCCUGUUAGUGCUGACCAUUUUGCACUUUUUGGUUGCCAUGGACAAUUUCAUCCCAGCGCAGAGUGGGAUGAAAUGUCACCAUUACCCUCCAACAAAAACAGUUGUGGAGAAUGACUUGAUGUUCUGGUUCUACUGAAUGGAGGUUUGUAAAUGGAAACUAAAUAUCCCCCUGAGAAGAAGAGAGAGAUAGUUUGGGCUGUAAUCUUCCAGGUGUAAGUCAUAAUUGUCGGUUUGCUUUAUAGUGUAAAAAUGGUGCCUUUUUUUUAUAAUUUUUGCAGAACAGAAUGCAGACGUGCUGUUCCAAAAAUAUGUUUGAAAAUGCAGUUGACGCAUAACCUGUCUUUACAAACAGAUCCCUUAGGUUCACUUAGAACUCAGUAUUUAUUUUUUAUUCACUUGAUUAUUACUUCUCACCUAGAAAUGACUUUGUCAAAUUGAACAAAACUUUCUUUGACUUAGUUUUACUGUCUGUUACAUGUUGUCAUUGGGUUAGUUUAAUAUGCCUUACCAGCAUUUCUGCCAUGCCCACUACAGUAAUAAUCUUCCCAUGACUUGUUCUUCUGAGAACUAAUGAGCCAUAAAUUAAAGUCACACUUCAGAGGAGCAGGUUCUCCUCUUGCAUAGGUGGCAUGCAGGUGAAUGUGCUGACUGUGAAACUGAACACAGCAGAUUCAAUCAAAGCACCUACAAUAGAAUAUCUCCGGAUGGCAUUUAUUUAUGUAAGUAUUUAUUGUUAUCGUUCGUGAGUAAGGAUUUAGGCUCAUGAUUUUGUAAAAAUUAAUUCUAUUUGAAAGAAGGGAACGUUUCUCUUUUUUUCCUUCACUUGGAAAGUUACUGAUGCUGUUGGCUUUUGCACAAAAACUCAUGCCAAAUAGAAAUAUGCUAGACAAUAUCAAAAAGUCAUCGCAUGUCCUCAAAAAGCAUUGCCUGGGCUUGUCUUAUUAAACUUGUCACAGCACUUGUUGACACUAUCUGUAAAUAAUAUCUGAGUCAUUUCCAGGGAAAAUUUGCAGUCGACUCUUAAUUCCAGUGAAAGCUUUUUGCCACCCCUCCUCUAGCACUGUCUGCAUUUAGCUCUGGGCAGGUAGGCUGAACAAACAACCACAUAGCUGUGGUAAGGGCUGGGUCCAGCCCAGCACUACCCCUGGUGAGAGCUCCCCUUGUUAGCGUCAAUGCAGGCACAUGUAGCAGUUAAUCCACCUUCAGGCAUCUCCACUGCAGAGCCUUGUUCAGCAAAUGUGUCAGAAUUUACAUUAGGAAUAAUAAAGAGGUAGGUGUAGGAAAAUGUUUAUUAAUGGCCUGUACUGUGAAAAUAUCAGUUUUAACAAAUGUCUUCAUACAGGUUUUAAACAUUAAAAUCUGUUUACAGGUCUUGGGGAGUACUGCUGCAUAUGUGAAAACAGCUUUCUAAAGCCUUUUGUAGCUGCAAAAAGUCUGAUGAAUUGCACUUGAGCCAGGGUAGGUUGGGCCUAAAGAAAACAAGUUAGAAAGAAGUGAGCUAACAAAACCUCUGUAGCCCUGUCCUCUGGUGAAGGCCAAUGGCUUGAGGCUACAUGAGUCACUAAAACACACCAACACGCCGCUGAAAAUCUGACCAGACUCUUGGCAGAUGAGUUACAUUGUGGGUAAUGUAGUCCGAGUUUUGACAAGGAAGAAUGCAUGGAAUUAAAAUAAUCAAUAUCCUUUUUCGUUGUAAUGGUAAAUCAUUGGAGUACUCCAUUAUUGAAGUGCAUUUGCAAAACUAAAAUCUUUUCUGAAAGCUAGCAGAGUAAUGUAUGCAACCUUAUUUUGUGUGGUUUGAAAAUGUCACUUUUCAAAGAAAAAGUUGACUUGAAAGUAUAAUUUAAAGUAAAAAUGAUAAUACUUAUAUUUCAGUUAGUUAAUUCCCGCACACUUUCUAGGAGGUUUCAUGGAAGGUUAUGUAAUUGUUUACCCGUUGUAGGUAAAACAGAAACUGAGGUUCAAGUAAACUACUUCCAAUUAAUUAAGAAUGUGUACAAACUGUCUUCAGGUGAGCAUUCAAAUCAACUUACACAAAUUCUGAAUGAAUAUUUGCUCGAGUUAAAAAGAACUGUCUUAUCAAGGACAAACUCUUCCAGAAAUCAACUAAUUACCAGUUGAGCCUGGGUGAAUUGUAAGCAGUUAAUGCUGGGAUUCAUCUGGACCUGACACUUCUUCAUUCAGCUAGUAAACUUUGAGCGUAAGAAGAAUUUACCACCAAACAACAGAAGUCAACAUCUAACGAUUAAGCAAGGAAUCUCUGUCUAUCUGUCUGCAUAUCUUGAGGACCAUUCAUCCGUUAUACUUCAUACCUGACGAGUGUAUUGCUGGGGACCCAAGUAAGGGCACGUACAAUUUGGUGCAAUUUGUACAUGCAGCACUCAGAAUGAAUAAACUCUGAAUAAACAAGCAAACAGCACUCAUUCUGCAGUCAUCACUGAUAACUCGGUUUGGACCCAUGGCGGUGUUGCAGAAGCAUAAUGGCUUUUUCCAGGACCCCCCCAAAGUGAACACUUCUGGCUCUCUCAUGGUAGGUCAGGGGAGUUGCUGAGGACCAAAGGUAGGGCAGUGUUGAGUGUGAAGUCAUUUGUAUGAGUGGUUCUCAAGAAACAUGCAGGCAGCCAUACCAUAGGCCAAUCAUUGGGAC